AUGGACCCGCUCGUCGAAGCGCGGACCUUUCUCGCGGGCAUUGGCGUCACGGACGAAGGCUUCAUGCAGAAUGCCGCGCCGCAGAUCGCGCAGAUGAUCCAGCGCCGCAUCGACGAGCUCGCGCCGCCGAAAGAGCUCUUCUCGCUGCCCGUGACACUCAACGACCAGGCCAUGCUGCUCGUGCACUACGAGAACAGUACGCCAUCGCAGUCCGCCAUGGCCUUCCUAACGCAAAACGGGUUCACGGACACGGCGACCGUCAACGCCCUGCUGCCGCAGCUCGUGCAAAUGAUCUCCAACAAACUGACGCCGCCGCGCGAGCCGCUCUUUUCGCUGCCGAUUUCGCUCGGGUCAAUGGAGCAGCCGUGCAACUACUUUGAAGGCGACAGUCCCGAGGUCACGGCGCAGCUCUUCCUCGAGACGCACGGGCUCGCCACCGGCGCCAACUAUGCGUCGCUCCUCUCGCAGCUCACGUCGCUCUUGCAGGAGCGCAUCAACGCCAUCAACGCCGAGCGGGCGGCGGCCGCAACGGCCACGACCGAGCCUCCGCUUACGAUCCCGAUCAACGUUGGAGGCACCGAGGUGCCGCUGUCCUUCUACCCGAACCAAGACCCCGCGGUCCUUCCCACCGCGAGCGCCGACGACAUGCAGGCGUGCAAGGUCGUCUUGUACCAAACGAUCACGGGUGUGCUGGACCGUCUCGAAGCCGAAGCCAUGGCCGCGACGACGCCGCCGACGCCGCCGACCGAGCGCAAGCUUUUGGUGACGCUGGACAUUGAUUUGGGCGAGGGCAAGUCGGCCAUCCUCUUGUACUACGCCGGCGAGAGCACGGAGGCGACGGUCCGCGCCUUCUGCGACGCCAACGCGAUCGACACGGAGAACAUUCCGUUCUUGCUCGACGAGCUUCAGAAGCAGAUUGAUGCGCUCCAAUAA